GGCGGAGUUCAGGGCCGAGGUGCUGCAGAAGAAGAAGGAGGCGUCGCUGAGCAGGGAGGACUCGGCCGAGCUGAUGGAGGAGCACAGGCGCCUGAUGGCCUGGAACGAGGCGGAGAACGCCCGGCAGCGGGAGCGCAGAGAGGAACGGCUCCGGAAAGAGGAGGAAGUGCAGAAGCUGCAGGCUGCAGAGAACAGGGCCAGGACGAUGGAGGCUUUCCUGAAGGAGAAGGAGAAGGAGGUUCUGCAGCUGCAGGAGGAAGUGAAAACCUUCAUCACCCCCGAGAACCUGGAGGAGCGCAUCCAGGAGUGCCUGGACAACCCUCGCAACCCCAACUUCGCCAUCGACAAGGAGGGGCGCGUCGUCAAGCAGACGGUGCUGUCUUAG